AUGGGCAUUAAGCAGUGUGAGAACACGGGGAUCGCCGGUCAAGAGGACCAGGAUGUGCUACCUGGCUCAGCAGAGUUGAAGAUAGAACCUAUUCCGGAUUUGGAAACGGCAGCAGACACCACGCCAUCCAAUCAGAGUAGCAGUGUUAGCUCGAAGCCAGCGGUGGCCGAUUUUCAGAUGCGCCAGUUGGACACUAAUCAGGAAUCGCUGACACAAGACCAGCCUGCUGGGUCUGGGGAAUUAUGUGACUCUCCGCUGUUGGAAGCUUAUGACAAUCGUGGGCAGGGAAUACCACGUCCUAAGACCCCAAACGCACAGAGCUCAAAUCAUUAUCAGCCAAAUCCGGACGCAGUACAGAUUUCGCCGCCCCUCGAUAGCUCAGUGCUAACCCCUUCUCCAAGCCAAAAUAGUGCCGGAUCCCCAUUCCAUUCAUUACCCCCGGGGCCUGUUGCCUCUACUAAUGUAAGCUCUUUCGGUGCCGAAGACCAGCUCAAGCUUGAGGCAACUGGGUACGAGGAUCAGCCGGUAGCAGGAGUCACGGAGAAUGAUAGGUCAAAUGAUUAUCAAAGUCCGACCUGCAAUUCUCAUUCUAGCUCCCUCCUGCCCUCGCAAGACCUUAUGGAUCUUGAAGAAACCGAGCACCGCGACUCCCACCAUGUCACGCCUCAUUUUCCCGCCCCACAAAGUCACCUGUCAACUACUCAGCCUACGAGGUCAUGUCCUUUAGAUCCUCAGGAUGAACCAACGAGAUCGCAAGGAGAUAGAAGUGAGGCUCCGAGUGUUAAACCCCAGGCACAGCGUUCAGAAAUAUACGGCAUUCGUGUUGUUAAUUGGAUAGACGGGGUUCAUUCCCCUUUGCGUCAUUCUCCUGUUCUGAUCCAAAAUGAAAACGGUCCAUGCCCUCUUCUUGCGCUUGUCAAUAGCCUUGUAAUGCGGACCCCGCCUGAUAUUCAGUCCCCACUUAUAAGAGCCUUGAAAUCCCGAGAGAGUAUAUCUUUGGGAUUGUUGAUCCAAGCUUUAUUCGACGAGCUUACAACUUAUGUGGAUGAGGAGUAUCAGCUUCCUGAUAUUGAGGAUCUCAGUAAAUUUCUUACAAUGCUGCACACCGGGAUGAACGUGAACCCUCGCUUGACUCCAAAUGUAAACCCCGACCAACCAGGAAUGUUUCAUCAAACACGCGAUAUCCAGUUAUAUAGUGCUUUCAACCUCCCAUUAGUUCACGGCUGGCUUGCCCCUCCGUCCUCGGAGGCGCACAAAGCAAUGCUUCGCACAGCAGAGUACCAUGAUGAUAUCCAAUUGUUACACUUUCGCAAAGAGGAGUUGGAAGGGCGCGUCCUCACUGGUGGCAUGCUUCAGGCCGAAGAAGAGCGCUUAGUCAAAGAUAUAGACCACAUACAGCGUUUUGUCAAUGUCGAAAAUCCGACUCAGUUGAGCACUUUUGGCCUCGAACAUUUAAAUCGCUCUCUCGAGCCUGGAGCUGUUUGUAUACUCUUCCGAAAUGACCACUUCUCGACACUAUUCAAACACCCACAAUCUCACCAACUCUUCACCCUUGUGACGGAUGCGGGCUAUGCAAGCCAUGCAGAAGUUGUAUGGGAAAGCCUUGUGGAUGUCAACGGCAGUGGAUCCGAAUUAUUCUCCGGAGAUUUUCGUCCUGUUGGAGCUGCACCAUCCCUUCCUAAUAACCAACAGAAAGAUCAAUCUGCCGCUGAGCAGAACCGGAAUCUCGACGCAGGCCAAUCAUCAACGCAUAACGAACAAACAGACGCUGAUUAUGCAUAUGCGUUAGCACUUCAAUAUCAAGAUGAAGAAGAGCAGCGUACGCGAACGGAGCGUCGCUCAAGCCGCUCUCAAAACGAACCACCCUGGCAACAAGUUCCGAGUAGACAUCGAUCCGCCAGCAAUAUAACUCCUCAAACCCAUCGCCAGUCAACCGGGCACCGUCAACCUCGCCAAUCCCAAGUGGUCCGUCCACUUAUCCCUCAACCACCAGAAAUCCCCAUUUCGCCAGACUCACUCAGCGGAUACUAA